UGUGCCCACAGACCGAUCACAGGGCUCUCUUACCCGAACGGCACCGAGUGGUAGCAGCCGAGGGACGGGUCUGCAGCGAGGAUUUCUCACGGCUCAAGGACGAGAAUGCGCUUGGUUAUGUACCCACUGAAACGGAUGACAGCUUCAAGCCAAACCUUUAGCGCAAACUUUCCGCUCGGCGUUUGACGGGUGUAUUUUUUGGGGAGGGAGGGGCGGGGCGGGGGGUUCUGUUGAGUCAGGUCCAAGAGCAGACUGUGAUGCAGGUGCAAACUGAGCGCUAAUGUUCCUGAAAUGUCUUGCUCUGCGCCGACGCGGUCCAUUGUGCCACGGCAGCCCUGCAUUGACAGAUGCCAUUUUAGCCUGCGUGGUACGAGCGUCUGGGAAGCCAGCAAAGUCUUGUGUUAUUAGAAGUUGUACAGGCACUACCAAACAAGCUGGUGGACUAGGAAUGAGCGUCCAUGACACUGUGCGCAAUCGGUGCUGAAGCUUUAUGGCUACUGCGAACUUGAGCUUCAGGCUUCCAGUUGAAGAGGUUUGCUGUGGAGGGAGCUACGGCGCCUGUCGGCUUUACAUCUGGACCGCCCGGCGUCUGUCAAACGCGGCCUCAACUUCUAUGCUUGUUGACAACUGACUUGACAGCCGAAGGAGGGUGUCGUGUCGGUCGAGGGGGAGGUCUGUCCUGUUGUGCUAGAUCUCGAAGCUAAGCGAUAAAGCGGGAAAUGGUAGCUGGAGCUAUUUAUUUUGCUUUGUAAAGUCACGCAGACUUGAAGCAGCGCUAAGGUGACACUGCAGUCUUCUCGCCACUACGACGUUCGGGGGAACAAACCAAGCGUGACAGCGGGGUAGUAUAUCGUCCGCUAUACGUGUCAACGCAGUGGGAUUCGUGCGUCAGGUCGGCGUUCCCCCCCACCCUUCCCGCAGUGACGGUUAUGGGUCGGAAGCGGUGUGUAGGUGCAGAUUGUUCCAAGAUGGCGGCCGGGUGCUGCGGGGUGAAGAAGCAGAAGCUGUCGGGAUCGCCCGGGUCGGGGGGUCCCGGCGGGGUGGGGGCUGGAAGCGGAGUGGCAGGAACCGGACAUUGUGGAUCGGAGUUGGGGAUUGGCUCCUCGGCCACUGUUGCGGGAGCGCCGAACGUGAGCAGGGCCAACGGCCUGGGGGGACCCGGGGGUAACGUUAGCGGUGGUGGUAGUAAUAGUGGGAGCGGCGGCACGAGCACUCUAUCGACACUGUCUCCAGCCCCGGCCGGUUACACCUCAUCCGGCCUUAGCCCAAAUCUCAGCCCUGGACCGGGAAGUGGAGGCAGGAAAAUGGUGGUUUCGGCGGAGAUGUGCUGCUUCUGCUUUGACGUGCUUUAUUGCCAUCUGUACGGAUACCAACCUCCGAGAACACCCAGGUUUACAAACGAUCCCUACCCGCUAUUCGUCACAUGGAAAAUAGGCAGAGAUAAGCGGUUGAGGGGUUGUAUAGGUACAUUUUCUGCCAUGAAUCUGCACUCAGGACUCAGGGAGUACACCCUUACCAGUGCCCUUAAAGACAGCCGCUUCCCCCCCAUGACAAGGGAUGAGCUGCCUCGCCUCUUCUGCUCAGUGUCUCUUCUCACCAACUUUGAAGACGUCGGUGAUUACCUUGACUGGGAAGUGGGUGUUCACGGUAUUAGGAUAGAAUUUUUCAAUGAGAAAGGAUCAAAGCGCACCGCCACCUACCUGCCAGAGGUUGCAAAGGAGCAAGGUUGGGACCACAUUCAAACCAUAGAUUCCUUACUACGAAAGGGAGGUUACAAAGCUCCCAUCACUAAUGAUUUCAGGAAGACCAUUAAGUUAACCAGGUACCGUAGCGAGAAGAUGACAAUGGGCUAUGCGGAAUACAUUGCCCACCGCCAACAUCAUCACUACCAGAAUGGCAUCGGGCACCCUCUUCCACCGUACAACCAUUAUUCCUGACAGCGAGCCGCAUGACCAAUCAUUGGACCUCUCUGCGGACCUUUUCCCAGGAGAGCCCGCCCCCUCCUGGUCUAGCUAUUUCUACUACUGUACCAUUUUAUGAUGAUAGUUUCCGUUGCCAUGCUGGCCGUCUACCAAGACGUCGACUUGGCAACGGUAUACUACAAAGCAUCAAUUGAUUACAGCAAGAAAUUCACCUUCGCAGUUGUUUUUCUUGGCCUGUGGUUUUUGCAGCAUAAAAAUCCCUUCAUUUGUAUUCUUAAAAUAUUAACCUUUAUUAUCAAGUCUGCUCAGCAAACCUAAAUUCUGUGGAUGGAAGGAUGUCUCUUACAGAGGAUUAACCCUGCGUAUAUAUUGUUUGGGCUUUGCUUUUUAUUUUUUACAUCACAUUUACUAAUUUUCCUUUCUUUAUGUAAACCAUGUAGCAGGGCCACUGUUAUUCUCAAAGGCUGUGUCUUCUAUACUAUGAUUCCUCUCAAAAAAAAAAAAAAAAAGCCUGAUACACCUUUGUAGCCUUCCAGUAGACGUCACGCAUCGGGCUGUGUGUACUCUAAACAUUUUGAUGACAUUACAAGAUUGUGAUGUCUUUUUGAGCGGCCUUGAGCUUAAAUCCAUUGGUUUUUGUGUGUGGAUGUCAAUAUUAAUCAUUCCCCAAGUAAAUGAAUAGCACCGAUACCAUUUUUUGGCCCCCGAUACAGAUUCCAGCUCCUGGCCAAUACUAUACUGAUACCUUAUUUUUCUUCAGUGAAAAGUAAUUACAACCAUGGCUUUGUCAGACACUGUUUAACUCAUUGUCAGCCAUUGACGGCACUAGAUUUUAAGUGGGUGGCCUGACAGAAUGAACGAACAUUCUUUCGCUGCCACCCUCCCUUUUCAAAUGAUUGGGUGUCUAUUAGUGAUAACCUAGUUGGUAGGAUGGUGCAUCAGGGCCAGAGGAAAAACUGGGAUUUAUUUAUUGGCUGUCAAUGACUACGCUAGACGUCCAAUUCAUUUGAAGUAUUUGAAGUAGGAGGAUGGCAGCGGGUCAAAAUUAUGGUGGCGUGUACAGCUGGCAGCCAUCUUGGGUAGGGCGACCAGCGGUUGGAAACUAGAUCCCCCAAACCACAUAUUGCAUGGCAUUGGCAGUCUUCGCUUAUGCCGGGGGUCAACAACCUGUGGCUCUAGAGCCGAUGCGGCUCUCGAGCGCUGCCAUAGUGGCUCCCUGGAGUUUUUUCCAAAAUCUUUGAAAAUGGAAAAAGAUCGGGGAAGGUUUUAAGAAGCAUUCUUCUAAUUCAUUAAUAUUGUUAUGAAGGUAAACCUGAGUCAGCAUUGGACAACAGAGUGGUGUGCCAUUCUCUAUUGGAUGCACUGCAGAGAAAAUAGACAUUAUGUAUUUGCAGCUAACUUAGUAGUAGGCUAAUAUAGUUAUUAGAUACAUACAGCAUGUGUUGCCUUCAUUAUAAGGCUUUUAUUUUUUUGCGGCUCCAGACAUUUGAUUUUUUCGGUCCAAUAUGGCUCAACAUUUUGGGUUGCCGACCCCUGGCUUAUACGUAUGAUGUCAUUUUAGUGCAACACUACAUUUUAGUGCUAUAAUGGUACCAAUGCAGGUAUUGGUACAACACUAGAUUUAAUUUUUGUUGGUGAAACUCCCCAUCUCUAUACCAGUUUUUUUUUAACUCAUUGUCGACAGCUAAUUCAUUUAAAGUGUGAGGGUUGGCUUGUUCAUUCACUGCCGCCCUCCUAGUUGAAAUGGAUUAGAUGUCUACGUGUGUUAGGGAUUUUAAUUUCGUUUGUAGGAGCCACAUGACUGGGUAAUGAUGUGAUAACUUUUUUUUUUUUUUUUUUUUUUUUGAGAGGUUCUUGUUACUUGACCAUCUUUGGUAACAGCCUUACCCACUGGCAGAUACUUUUUAUUUUAUUUUUUUUACCUUAUGCAAAAACGUCAAGGGCUUUUGGCACUCCCAUCCACAGCUUACCCGAAGUGACGUUUAAAGUUGUGUUGCCUUAAAUGAAUGCGUUAACAGCGAACGGGCCAGGAGACGAUGCUCGGUUCUCGUUUGUUUUUGGAUUCUCUCGCUCGAAUCGCGGCUCAGCCGCAUUGGUCGAUUGUCAUUAAUAGCUGCUUGGCCUCACCCCGCCUUGCUCCACCUACUUUUGAAGGUCAAACCGUGAGAAGAACUGGGCAUCAAUCUCCUGCUCCUUCUAAUCACAGCACAACCAGAAAUGAUCUGCUGCAAAACCAAAUUGACCAUGCUCUUUAACAUAUAUGUCUUUGUAUACACAUGCAAUGUGUUUAGUUGCAUGUAUGUAUGAGUAUGAGACCUAUGGUUUUCUCCAUGAUAUACAGUAUAUAUUAUGCUUGGACACUCUUAAGAACCGUUAAGAGAGUUAACGACAAAUAAUGGUGCUAUCAGACCUCAUAUUGGGGUGGUCACAACUAGUGACUGGUCAUGCGGACUCAUCGAUCAUAUCAUACUAAAAAAAAAAAAAAAAAAAAGAUGUUACAUGUAAGAUUUUCUCUUCAGUAUAUUGCUGCGAAAUGCGGCACAUUUUAACAAUGAAGGACAUAAACGUAGCCCUUGCUUUCAUCAAAUCCAUUGUGGGUGACUAUGGGAUGAGUUCCCUAUGGGAAAGCGGAUAUUCCUUCACAUAUAAUGAAGCGGGAUGACUCCCAGCAGCAGACUAUAGAAUGUACUGUUAGCAUUCAACUAUUGUGAGAGAAUCUUACAUGUGUUACCUUUACUCUCCUUGAAAUAUGCAGAUCUGUUCGACAGGUGUUUUUUCUGUUUUUGUUAUUCGCGGUGUCAACAUCCAUGCAGGUUUGAAAGGACAAGAAGUCACGUGUUAACCUUCUCCCCAUACGCAUACCGUGCCCCAGCCUCAUGGCUUAGUCUGCUCACGUGUUGAAGCCCUGUUUAGGAAGGAAAAUCUUAUCCUGAGCACAUCCUCGGAAUUUAUCCUCUACCUGCAGAAUUGUUUGUGAAACUGUAAAGCCCUGAUACUCAAACCAAGCAGGAGGCCGGCGUCUCGCAUUGAGGGUUUUUCCACAUGCGACGCUAGUGUACUGAUAUUGAUGCAAGUGUUGCACUGAAUCCGAAAACCGGCUGUGUGGUAUCGGCCAAUGCCGAUGCUCUACUGAUACCACGCUUUUUGAAAACUUUUCAAAAUACCAAAUUACUGCAUAGACACUUAGAUGAAAAGUAAUUGCUGUAAUGACUUGGUCAGACACUGCUUAGCUUAAUGUCUGCGAUUGAUGGCGCUAGAUGUCCUAUCUAAUUGAAGUGGCAAGGCUGGCAGGGAAUGAACGAACGUAAAUUUAUUGGACAUCUACUAGUCAUGGGAGGAUGCAUCUUGGCUGAAGGAGGAACACUUUAAAAAAAAAAAAAAAUUUUUUCUUUACCUCAUUGGCUGCCAUUGACAGCACUAGACGUCCAUUUCCAAACAUUGGAUUUCUACUAGUGAUAAAUGAUUGAAAUUAACAGGAGAGGGAUGAUUGGAUACCACUAGGGCUGCAGCUAUCAGUUAUUUUAGUAGUCAAUCGAUUAACUUGUUAGUUCGAAUAAUCGAGUAAUCGGAUAAAAAACAUAAAAAAUUUAAAUACCAGAGCUGAGCCUCAAACAGUAUUAAAAAAUAAAUGACGCUCUAUGUAAAACAACAAUUUGCUAACUUACAUAGCAAAAGUCAGCUAGCUUAAAUGCUAUAAAAUGCUAACUUUUUUUUUUUUUUUUUUAAGCAAUGCUGUAACAAAUCGUUCAGACACGUAUUUCUACAAAAAAUGGCUAAAUAUACCGAUAAAUAAUGAAUGCAUUAACUCAAAAACUAAACUUAUGUUGGUCUUAACAGAGAGUAGCUGCAUUCCUCCUUGUGAAAUGAGGAAGCGUAUCCACCCAAAUCAAUACAACUAAAUGCCAACACUUUCAAAACAAACCAUUAAAACACCACUUAGUUAAAUGAAGACUUGGGGCGGCAAAAUUUAAUUUGAAUCUUUUUUUCUAAUGGAAUCUUCAAUCGAUUAAUUGUUGCAGCACUAGAAGCCACACAAUUAAACAUCUCAUCGUCAUCUUGAGAAGGAUGACAAGUGCGCCCUUUUUACGGCGGUCAUCUUGGGUAGGGCAACCAAUGUUUGGAAACAUCUCGAAAAGUAUACAUUGCACAGUAUUGACACGUUAUUAAUUAGUACUCCCCCAUGAUAUUUUAGUGCCGUAUCAGUACCGAUACUAUUAGCGGUACCAAUACUAGUAUUUUUAUCAGUGCAACACUAAUUGAUACCUCAUGGGAUAUCGGGACUUGUAGUUUGUUGUAGCAGUAAGUCCAGGCUUUCGAGUCGGUCCUCCGUGUUUCCCAGUGUGUCCAUUGUGGUUUUUUCGGGUAACGCACAAUCUGUCGUUAACUUGUCCUGUUUGACUGAACCAAAGAUGCUGCUCGUCAGGCCUGACUUCGUGUCCUUCCAAAAAGACACCCCUGCAGUUGACAAAAUCGAAUUUUUGUCCGUGCGUGUAUCGAUCUUUUAACUGUCUUGACUCGUUAAGCAACCCAAUGUUUCAGUGAUUUUUCAUUGAAAGUAUCUCUGAAGCCAUUCAUGGCCUCAAGGAUGGUUGCAAAUUUGUUACUUAUUUUGUUUGUUAUCAUUGUUAUUAUUGCUCUAAUUCAAAAAAAAAAAAAAAAAAAAAAAAAGAAACUCCCAUGGUGUGCCUCGUAGCUUUAUGGGUUUAUAAAUGUUUUUUUUCCCCACAAGACCAGCAGUUAUACUUUGUAUAAAAGAUGGAUUUCUUUUCUUAUUUUUAUGCCAUUAAAGAUGGAAAAACCCUG